AUGAAGAACUGCGCCAGGCCUCUGAAAAAGCACCUGGAAGUUAUCGCAACGAAAAUCGUCAGCACCUAUCCUGAAUCGUUUAAAGAUGUGUUGGAUGGUCAAGUUGUUGGUACUGGCUAUGAUUCAGUUCUUCAACAGUUAAUUACGCGUGUGGAAAACAAUCUCCGUGCAAAGGAAAACACAGGGGGCACAGCUAAUCAAACAAGCCCAGAUGCAUCUAGCAACCAGAACAAAAGGAAGCAACCUAGCUACCUCUAUGGUGGAGCACAGACUGAGCGACAGCCAUUAUCCAAUGAUGAGGAAGUAAUCCUGGAGCAGACAAAGAGGGAGCUGAAGAGGAUGCAUGCAACAUAUGGCGACCGUGAAGAAGUCGUGAGGCUGAUGAUAGCAACAUAUCCGCUUCAGAGACAUGAUAUUGUUACCAAAAAAUUGUGCUCCGUUCAGUUGAAGGAGGAGUGGCCUUACCUUUUUGAAGCCUUUGGACUUUUUUCGAAUUUCAAAGAACUCCAUGGGAUUGACAUUGAACUUGUAAUGGAGAACAAUCUACAAUGCAGAACACCAAAGCUGCUAAAGUUUUUUGAAGUGGCAAAGCUCACAUGCCCCACAUUUAGUUACAUAUUUAAUGACUUGAAAUCGAGCACUCUGCCGAAACCACAGGCAGAAAGCCUUGCAGUUGUGCUCCUCUGCAUCAAAUUCUUUCAAGAAGAUGAACACAGUUUCAUCUUGACAAAAGAGGAGUGCACAUCACGCACAGAUGCUGAGAAGGACCUGCCACUGACACCGUGCAUUGUGGCCUUUGGUGAAACUUUGUGGACCACAACAGAAUACAAACUGAGCAUCGAUGGAAAACUUGUCAUUGAUGGCGUCCGGACAUUUCGGACAGCUCUGGCCUUGUGGUUCUCAACGUACCAUUGCCUUCAUAUCAUCUACCCCAAACAGUUGAUGGCAACACUUGACUUCAUCCAAAGGUGCUUAGCAGCGAUAAACCCUGACCGAGCUGGAGUGAUAAAAAAGAGGACAUCAGUCCAUCCCAAGGUUCUGCGACUUGUGGAGAAGCUCGCUGGGCAGGAGUGGAAUAUUUAA